AUGAGACGAAUUCGGAUCUUCGCGUCACCAUUGCAAUGCUCGCCCGGUCAGAGAAAUUGCGCCCUCUCAUUUACACGAAGCCAGCCAGCUGUAAGGUGCGAUGUUGUGGUCCGGAAUCUGUCGACUUCCACAGUCCAUGAUGACAAACCGCCGAGUCCCAUCUGCAAUGCAGACUUGGCGAGAAUGGUCGAGGAAGCCCGGAGCCCACUGAGGGGAAGAGGACCUGGAGCUACUGAAGUUGCAGGGCCCUCCCACGAUUACCGGUAUAGAGCGACGUUGCGAGGUUGGAGUAUGAGGCUGGCCUCUUCAGCCAAAAGGAGAGACCACAAGAAGGGCCGGCAGUCCAACAUAGACGCAAACUAUCUUCUGGACCUUGUACUUGAGCAGGGUGGCUUGUGCGCAUAUUCCGGAAUACCGAUGGAACUGCUGAUUCCAAACUCGCAUUGGAGGGUGUCCAUCGAGAGGAUCAAUACCAGACACGGGUACCUUAAAGGCAACUGCUGCUUAAUUGCAGCUGAGUUCAAUACAGCAGUGCGCAAGAUGUGUGACGAAGCCGGAGCUGCUACCGGAUCUGCACAAUGGUCCAAGCAGAAAGUCCAGGAGGUUGUCCAUGUCCGGACAGGGCAGCUGCAGGUGCAACGGCUGCAGGAAAGCAUUGCUAGUGCAAGGCUUCGCCCAUCCCCGAGCGGACCACUCUCAUAUAGACUAUUUCGAGGACCAGACGCAGAGGGAAGGUGGCUGUGCGUGCGCUGUGGCAGUUGGAAGUCGCAGUCACAGUACUCUAAGCGCAAGGCAAGCAGUAAUGGGCUACGAGCUACUUGCAAGCAAUGUAGCUAUGACGUGGAAUCAGCCUGGCUGCAGACACUGCGGGGACAUGGGAUCAGGCUAUUGACUACCGCCCGCCAAAGAGCUGGAAAGGGCACAUGGACUGGAAGUUUCGCGCUGGAUUUGGACGACUUGCUUGGCAUGCUUUGGCUCCAAGGUGGACGCUGCUAUUACUCAGGCGUGCCGCUGCAUUGUGCAGCGGGCCCGGCCCAUUGGGUCUGGUCCAUCGAGCGCCUAGACAAUUCCGUCACAUAUACCAAAGAGAAUUGCGUGUUGAUUGCCCAAGAGUUUCAGACAUCCGACCACAGUCGUAACAGAGCAGCAUAUCCAGUUUUCGGCACCGCUCAGUGGUCACGAAGCAAAGUGAACCAAGUCUGGGGACUCUACCACGAAGACUGUGAGGCUCGAGUUGUUCGGGGUUUACCCAGGCCUAGUUAG